GGGGAUGAUGGUUGGUAUAUUCCAUUGUAUCUCCAUGACGACGUUUUACGGACGAGCAUGCCACGAACCGUUCUCAACAGGAGUGUUCGUGCUUGAAGAUUGUUGUGCUGUGAAGUGUUUCGGAGUCGUAUCAUUCCUCGUAUUCCGCUUUCUGAACUCCGUUGCUUUUUCUUGGUCAAUUCGACUAUCACUUUCUCUUGAUGCGAGACCUGGCAUCAACCAUGUUUAUCCUGUGAUUGCUCUAUCCACUCGUCCGGGUGCUCUGCACUCGCUGACAGGUCCUACUGUUUUGCUUUUUAUUUGAUUAUUUCUCGCUUUGCUUGCUACUACCAACUCGAUGUUUUCCUUUUCAGGUUGUCGAUGUUCUUUGUUUUACACGCUUCUCGUCUAUAGGUUUGCACGUCAAUGCCCUCGAUGGAUGGCAGCGCUAUCUAUGGUGGCUGAUCUUUCGUAUUUCUAAAAAAUUCAUCUCGAAU